CUAUUUGCCUUAAAAAUCAAACCAAAUCCAAAAAUUGUCAACACAUUUUCCAGCCAUCUCCGAUGUACCUCGUCGUUGUCAAUAGACUCAAUACCAUCUGCUUCGCCACAGUGUUGUCGCAGACUCGCAGCCGUCGAACCCAUCUACCCCUUUAACUCUCGUUGUGAAACACUGAAAUCUGCUUGUUUUCCUUUUCUGUCCUUGCCGUAAAACCCAGUUGCUCCGCCGUCGACCAUCGUCUUGUUCGCAGUAAGUUUGAUUGCUUUGAAUCUUGUUGAGUUGUUGUUACUUGUGUAUGAUUGAUUUUUGUGAAACCCAUUAGCUUCUCAUGAUUUUUGUGAACUCUCUUUUGUAACAGCUGGUUUUUUCCAGUGAAACUAACUGUGUAUUGAUUGUGUUGUUGUCGUUGACCGGCGUGGUGUCACCGUGAACCCCAUUUGAGCCAAACAAAUUUGCUUAUAGCAUAGUGAUGUAGGUUCUUGGACAUUGUGGCUAUCUUGAAGAACCUGAAACAGUUUUUGUUGAGAUGAGAAGGAAAAACUGGGUGUCGGAUGAACCAGUUUAUGGGCUUUUAGUAGAUUUGUGGGGAAAGACUGGUAAUGUUAGAAAGGAUUGGGAGUGGUAUCAGGCCAUGCUCCAUGCGGGUAUCCCUAAUGUGCCCACUUGCAGUUCCUUGCUUAGUGCUUUCCUUAAGGUGCACCAGCUGUCAGAAGCUUAUAACUUAUUGCAAGAAACCAUGAAUUCGAUGUUCAUUUUAUUUGAUGUGUUCUGUGCGGGAUGCUUGAGCCAGAAACCAGUGAUCAAAACCUCUGUCCCUUCCACAACAAAGGAUACCAAAAUGCCGGCGCAAUCACAGAAAAAUUUGAGUACUCCUAAAGUUAAUCAAAAGCAAGAGGGGCCUGCGGCAUCAUCCAAGGCGAAUGGUAGGAAUUAAGCCCAAUUUUGCACAAGAGUCGGAUGGUUGAAAGCUCUUUUCUCCGAUUAACGAUUUACCUAUCGAAGAUAUGUUGUAUGCCCACUAGAUUAUUAGGAAUUAGGAUGAUUAAGACGUGGAAAAACUUUUUAGAAUUAUUUUUUUUUCCUCUUCUGUUUAGUGGUAAACAUAGGAUUUAUAUAUUAGUUGAUUUUGUAUUUUCUUUUUUCUUUUUGAAUAUAUAAUUAAUUAAAUUUCAUAGGAGAUUGUUGGUUUUGGAACACUAUGUGCUUGUGAUUUAUAUACAAU